GGCAGCGCGGCAGCGGCCCCCGGGCUCCGUCCCCUCGGCUCGGCACGGCUCGGCUCGGCCCCGGCGGCGUGGCCGACACCUGCCGGUGCCCGCCCCGUCCCCCGGCCAUUGGCUGCGGCUCCGCGCCCGCCCCGCGCCCGCCCCCGGCCCCGCGCCCAUAUCAGCGGGCGCGGCGGCGCCGCGGCACCGGGCUGCAAGAUGCCGCGCUCGUUCCUGGUGAAGAAGCACUUCUCGGCCAGCAAGAAGCCCAACUACAGCGAGCUGGAGAGCCAGGCCGUUCUGGCCGCCCCGCUGCUGUACGAGACGUGCCCGCUGCCCGUCAUCCCCCCGCCCGAGGUGCUGGGGCCCGGAGCCUACUACCCUCCGCUGGUGUGGGACGCGGGGCUGCUGUCCAGCCUGUUCCCGGGCGGCCCGGGCAGCGAGGCCGCGGGCGGCGCGGCCCCCGCCCUGGACCUGACGGCGCUCUCCAGCGAGGACGAUGAAGGCAAGAGCUCGGGGCCGCCCAGCCCGGCCUCGGCCCCCGCCGCCGCCGAGCGCUUCCGCUGUGCCCAGUGCGCCAAGGCGUACUCCACCUUCGCCGGGCUCUCCAAGCACAAGCAAUUGCACUGCGACGCCCAGGCCAGGAAAUCCUUCAGCUGCAAGUACUGCGAGAAGGAGUACGUGAGCCUGGGGGCUCUCAAGAUGCACAUCCGGAGCCACACGCUGCCCUGCGUCUGCAAGAUGUGCGGGAAGGCGUUCUCGCGGCCCUGGCUGCUGCAGGGCCACAUCCGGACGCACACUGGUGAAAAGCCCUUUUCCUGUACACACUGCAACCGGGCCUUUGCUGACCGCUCUAAUCUCCGCGCCCACCUGCAGACCCAUUCAGAUGUAAAGAAGUACCAGUGCAAAACCUGCUCGCGGACUUUCUCCCGCAUGUCGCUGCUGCACAAGCACGAGGAGACGGGCUGCUCUGGCUCCCGCUGAGGACGCCGCUCCCAGGCCUCUCCCAGCACGAAAACCUGUAUUAUUAUAGUUUCUGUAGGAGUAGUUCCCUCCGUGGCCGUGGCAGCGUGCGCCGGGCUGGACGCUGCUCCUCUGGCCCCCGGGACCCUCACACUCCUCCCUCGGUGCCUCCAGUGCAAUGCAAGAGCCCGACCAUGAAGGUUGGAAGGGACCAUUGGGAUCCUCGAGUCUAACCCCAGCCCUGUGCAGGACGCCCCAGGAACCCCCCGUGUGUGCCCGAGAGCCUCGUCCAAACCUCCUGGAGCCCGGGCUUGGUGCUGUGACCCCUCUCCCGUCCCGGCUGCGGGCUGCCCUGGGCCGGGUGUGUGAGCCGGGGGGCUCGGGGUGCUGCCAGCCCUCCCCCGGCCGGAGGCACCCGGCACCUUGGGGGGCUGGAUUCUGCACCCUCUGCUGUUGAACACUGCCACCAUGUAGCCUGGGGGGCUGGGGUUUGGAUUUUUUAAAAUUUUUUUAUUUUUUUGGUAACACCAUAACCACUUGGUAACUUUUAAGAACCAGUAUUUUUUUAAUGAAGGACGAGACACUCCCCCCGUACCCCGAGUGUAUAUUCCCCGCCUGUAGAAGGUGUAACUAUGCAAUAAUACAGUAUCCCAGUAGUUGUGAAGCAGCUGCUUCUCCCCAGCACAAUGACAAUUUGCAAUGCCUGCGAGAUUAACAGUGUCCAUGAAAGGCAGGGGUAGCCAUUUCAAACCCCAGCCCUGUUUACAGAGCAGCUAUGCACUCAAGCACCUGUUAAUAUGACUCUUAACAACUGCUUUUCAAGAGAACUGUGACUAAUAGCAGGCACUUGUCAGCUGAUACAAUGGUGGCCUGUCCCAAGGCCGGCCAUCGACAGGUGUGUGCCAAAAGCCCUAUUUAUGGCUAUUGACAGGUGCCUCCUGAAUGCAUCUUUCUUUGGACAUUGUUUUCAUGGAAUCAUUACAAAGAGGAUGUUUACAUUUCAAAGGUACACUGGUAUUUAUAUUUUUGUGCCACAGUUUUGUACUGAUGAAACUUUUUAUAUAAUGAUAUACAAUUUAUUGAUAUUCAAUAAAAUCGUUAAUUUAUAA